AGGCUGACUGGAGGCCCAAAAUAACAUACGCCCACAAAGACUCGGUCCAAGGGCAACAUGUGAUCGAAGCUCCUCCGAUCUUUUGCAAUUGCAGCAGCUGCUGGUUUUUUUUGUACAAGCAACCUUUUCUUAUUUUCUCUUACUCUCGACUCUUUGAGCAAUGGGAAAGGACUCAAAAUCGAAAGAUGCUGGAGGAAAGGGAAAAGGGAAGCAAGCAGGAGGUGCAAGUGAUGAGAAUGCUUCGAAGGGUAAGGGGAAAGCUGGAAAAUCAGAUGGACUUGGCACCUGCACAUAUGUCAAAGCAAGACAUAUCUUAUGUGAGAAGCAAGGUAAGAUUAAUGAAGCAUACAAGAAACUGCAAGAUGGUUGGCUAAGCAAUGGUGACAAAGUCCCGCCUGCUGAGUUUGCAAAGUUAGCAGCAGAAUAUUCAGAAUGUCCUUCUGGAAAGAAGGGUGGAGACCUUGGAUGGUUCCCACGGGGCAAGAUGGCAGGUCCAUUUCAGGAAGUUGCCUUCAACACAGUUGUUGGAGCUACCAGCGCACCAUUUAAAUCAACUCAUGGAUAUCACAUAAUCUUAUGUGAAGGGAGGAAGAAUUGAUGGAAAGUGGCAUUUACGUCAAGAAGCUUCAAGUUAGUGCACUACAGAUGGUUAUUGACAUUUUGUAAAUUGAAUACCAAGUGUGGUACAUCUAUAUUGUGAUGUUUGAAUACCCAUCUAAGCAUGAGUUUAAUGAAUAUAGUUAUGGGAGACGAAUUUCUGAAUGCCAA